AUGUCAGAAAUGCAGCUAAAUUCACCUAAUCGGACUUUCUAUUCAAUCACAAAUGGCACGGUGCCAUCGAGAUCUAUUAUUGCCAACGACACCUUAAAUCAAGGACGGGCUGAAGACGCCUUUCUAGGACUGGAAAUACUGUGCACAAUUUAUGUGACUUACGCUGCGAUUAUUGCAGUGGGGCUCCUCGGAAAUGCCAUACUCAUUAAAGUCUUUUUCAAGAUCAAGUCAAUGCAAACUGUUCCAAAUAUUUUCAUAACUAGCCUGGCGGUGGGCGAUCUCCUGCUCCUGUUAACUUGUGUGCCGGUGGACGCAACUCGUUAUAUUGUGGAUACCUGGCUGUUUGGAAGAACUGGAUGCAAGCUGCUCUCGUUUAUCCAGCUAACUUCUGUCGGAGUGUCCGUGUUCACGCUAACUGCUCUCAGUGCUGACAGAUACAAGGCGAUUGUUAAACCCCUGGAAUUGCAGGCUUCGGAUGCCGUCCUGAAGACCUGUGGAAAGGCUGGCUGCAUCUGGCUGGUGUCAAUGGCAUUUGCCCUCCCGGAGGCCGUAUUUUCAGACGUAUAUCCAUUCAGUGGCCCUGAGAAAAACCAGUCUUUUGAAACAUGUGCCCCUUACCCUGUCUCUGAAAAGAUACUGCAAGAGGCCCAUUCUCUGAUUUACUUCUUGGUGUUCUACAUUAUUCCACUCUCUAUCAUCUCUGUCUACUAUUUUCUCAUCGCCAGAGCUCUGUACAAAAGUACGUUCGACAUUCCUUCUGAGGAUCAUGGUCAUGCCUGUAAACAGAUCGAAUCCCGCAAAAGAGUGGCCAAAACAGUGUUAGUGCUGGUGGGUUUGUUUGCUUUUUGCUGGCUACCUAAUCACCUACUGUACUUGUACCGCUCCUUCACGUAUCACUCUUCUGUAGAUUCCUCUUCCUUCCAUCUCACUGCCACCAUUUUCUCUCGGGCUCUGGCUUUCAGCAAUUCCUGUGUAAACCCCUUCGCUCUCUAUUGGCUAAGUAAAACUUUCCGACAACAUUUUAAGAAACAAGUUUUUUGUCUGAAGUCAAAGCUUCCUACACGUCCCCCCGGUAUUCCCAAUAGCAAUAUAACGACGUCGGGGUUGGCUUCGGCAACCGGGGGCACCCAAAUCUCGGAAGUAAGUGUGACCUUACUUACUGAUUACAGCCCAAGGGACAAAGAUGAUAGUGUGUAG